AGCAGCAAAACAAACAAAAAGCAGAGAUUUCUUAACCAUGUCGAUCAUUCCAAGCAUCUUUGGCAGCCGACGAAGCAACGUCUUCGACCCCUUCUCGCUCGACGUUUGGGAUCCAUUCAAGGAUUUCCCCUUCUCUUCCUCGUCAAUGUCGCGGGAUAAUUCUGCAUUCGUUAACACACGGGUGGACUGGAAGGAGACCCCAGAGGCGCACGUCUUCAAGGCGGAUCUCCCUGGGAUGAAGAAAGAGGAGGUGAAAGUGGAGAUAGAGGACGACAGGGUUUUGCAGAUCAGCGGCGAGAGGCACGUGGAGAAGGAGGACAAGAAUGAUACUUGGCACCGCGUGGAGCGCAGCAGCGGGAAGUUUUCGAGGAGGUUCAGGCUGCCAGAGAACGUGAAGAUGGACCAAGUGAUGGCGUCGAUGGAGAAUGGGGUGCUGACCGUGACUGUGCCGAAAGCGGAGGUGAAGAAACCUGAUGUUAAGGCCAUUGAAAUCUCUGGUUGAGAGCUUGGAAGCCAUGGCUGUCAGAAAUCCUUGGCGUUGUGUUAUAGUAUGUGAACUAUUUGAUAAAAUGCCGAUGUAAUCUGACUGUAUCUGAGUUUGUAAUUGUAAUGGAUAAUGUACAUUCGACAUUAUAAUAAAAUAAUAAUAUAAAUAAAAUAAUUUUA